AUGGCAAUGUCAAGAGCCAAUGGCCCUCUACGAACAUGCCUGCGGCAACUUGUGCGCUCAGAGGGGUACAACCCCUCUCACAAUCUUCUCAUCAUGCAAUUGACUGACCAAACCAGCCCAGCUCCCCUCCGAUCGAUAGCCGCUACACCCCGCGCCUUCAGCACGUCUCCCUCUCUGCUCAAGAAGCGCAAGAUCACAGCCCCUAGCAACAGCCCCAACAGCGCCAAUGCCAAGGCAGCUGCAGGCUCUAUGAACAAGGCCGAGUACGACACUGCAAAGGUGCCGAUGCCGGAUCCGGAAGAUCCCCUCGAUUUUACAGCUGUUAUUGCUGCCUAUGCUCCUAUUGAUGCGCACUUCAAGACCCAGCUGGCUGGUAUGAUCCAUGGCGGACGAUUCAAUCCUACCAAUUUGGGGUCGCUGCCUGUGCCCAUGAAGGAUCAUGACGGCAAUGAUGUGACAUUCCCUCUACGAGAGCUGGCGCAAGUCGUUCCUCGAUCUGGUCGAGCUAUUUCACUGCUUGUGAACGACAAAGAGUACAUCAAGCCUAUCAUGUCAGCGGUUCAAGCAAGUCGUGAGUUCAACCAGCAACCACAGCGAUCAGAGGACAACGAGCUUGAGCUUCUUCUCAAGGUGGAGCUCGAGCGCAAGGACGACGUCGAGCGACGAAUCAAAGAGAUGGUACAGCACUGGAAGGACCGCAUUCGCAAUGCUAGGUCCAGACAUGAAAAGACACUCAAGGACUGGAAGAAGUCAGGCACUGUCCUUCCUGACAUUGUUAAAAAGGCCGAGAAGGAGCUUCAAAAGGUACAAGACAAGAAGAUGAAGGAGAUCGACCAGGAAGAAGCACAGACCAUCCGUCAACUAUAG